AUGGACCCGGGCCACAAGCUUGGGCAGCAAGUUGGGUGGAAGAUCUGCAUCAAGUUGCAUGGAGGAUUGAAGGAAGAGCGAAGAGAGCGAGAUGAGCCUGACGGUGGAGGCGAAGCACAUGCCGCUCCCGUGACGUCGAAGGCCGCGCUGCUUGCUUUUUGGCUGCUCUUCACAACAUUUCUAUGGUCUUUUAGUGGUAUAUCCCACAUCUCCACGAGCUUCGAUCGGAACGGAGACUAUGCGAUUGGGCAUGCACGGCCGUUGAGGCCCAAUCAACGCAUGGACCAUUUGUAUAUCUCAACCGGGAUCGACUGGGCCCCAAACUACAUUGUGGAGAGCCUCCUGGAGCCAUUCCCAGUCGAGAGGGGGGUCUUGCAGCCCAAUGGUCCGCCCAAUGUCUUACAUUGGAAACAGGGGAACCCAGGACCUGGGUUUCUAGAUACCUUCGAGUCUCGACCUCUUGGGUGGAGAAUGGAGGGAUUUGCGAAUAUACAAAUCAAGUGGCAAUUAUGGAGACUGCGCUAA